GUGAUCCGCCGGUUCAGAACUCUAGAAAGAAUAAUAACCAAGAAUAUGGCGGUAAUGAUAACCAAGAAGAAUAUGGUGGUAAUAAUAGUCAAGAUAUACAGAAUAAUAACCAAGAAUAUGGCGAUAACGAUAACCAAGAAGAAUAUGGUGGUAACGAUAGCCAAGAAUAUGGUGGUAACAAUAGCCAAGAAUAUGGCGGUAACAAUAGUCAAGAAUAUGGCGGAACCAUAGCCAAGAAUAAGAAAAAAUAG